AUGCCUCGUGGUCAUAAGAGUAAGCUCCGAGCUCGGGAGAAACGCCGCCAAAACAGAGCUGAGAAACAAGGUGAUAAGAGUGCUCAGGCCCCUGCAGGAGAGGAAGGAGAGGCCGCUUGCUCCUCCUCUUCCGUUUCGGGGGAAGGUCCCUCAACCUCCACUGGUGCUGGCACUCCCCAGGCACCUCAGGGUGCCCCAGCCACCACCAGUGCUGCUGCAGGAGCUUCAGAUGAAAGAUCUGCUGUAAAAGCCAAAGGCCAGGUUCAGAAAAGUAAAAAAUCCCCCCAGGCCUCAAGCUCCACUGGUGCUGGCACUCCCCAGGCACCUCAGGGUGCCCUGGCCACCACAAGUGGUGCUGCAGCUGCCUCAUGUGAAAGAUCUGCUGUACAAGCUAAAGGCCAUGUUAGGAAAAGUAAAAGUUCUUCCGGGGCCUCAACUUCCACUAAGAAUGCUGGCCAAGAUCUUAUAAAUCAAAAGGCAAUUAUGUUAGUAGAGUACCUGCUGCAUCAAUAUAAAAAGAAUGAUCUCAUUAAAAAGGAAGACAUGAUGAAGAUCAUCCACAAGUGGUUCAGGAAGGACUUCCCUGAGAUCCUCAGGAGAGCCUCUGAGCGCAUGGGUCGGUUGUUUGGCCUGCAAGUGAAAGAAGUGAAGCCCAACGGUAAUUGCUACACCCUUGUCGACAGUGAAGAUGAGAGUCUGAGCAGCGGCUUCAGAUUUCCUAACAAAGGGAUUCUGAUGCCUCUCCUGGCUGUGAUCUUCUUGAAUGGCAACCGUGCCUCUGAGAAGGAGAUCUGGGAAUUCCUUGAUGAUUUGGGCAUCUAUAAUGGAAAGAUUCACUUCAUUUUUGGGGAGCCCAGGAAGCUUAUCACCCAAGAUUUGGUGCAGGAAAAAUACCUGGUGUACCAGCCGGUGCCCAACAGUCGUCCUCCACGUUAUGAGUUCCUGUGGGGUCCAAGAGCCCACGCUGAGACCAGCAAGAUGAAAGUCCUCAAGUUUUUAGCUGAUCUCAAUGAUACCCUGCCCACUGACUACUCACCCCAUUAUGAAGAGGCUUUGCAAGAUGAGGAAGAGAGAAAGCAAGCCAGAGCCCAAGCUGCAACCAGGGAUGCCACUCCUCCCAAGGCCAGUGGUGGCUCCAGUGUAAAGCCUAAGGUUCCUAAAGUUUGA